AUGUCUCGAGCUAAAGACGUACAGUCGCUCCCACUUGCCAGUUCAAGCGCGGACAGGGCCUUUGUCACCGAGCGCGCCGCCUCACCCGAAGGACUCAAUAAAGGCUCGGACAAUGAGGACCUCGAGGAGGAGCCCGAAGUUAGGAAUUUGAAGUACUGGGCAACCAAGAUUGGCCACGUCUUCCGGAAGGUCAGACCGACGAAAAAACGGCGGAAAACGAGCUAUGGAUCACUCUUCUCGUCCUUAGACAGCGAACUCGAUGAGCUCGAGGGCCCGACCGUUCACUAUAAGCCAGAGGCCAUUGAGACUCUGUGCCAGCUGACUAAGUUCAACCGUAGAGAGCUCCAACUCAUGUACAGAGGUUUUAAACAGGAAUGUCCGUCGGGCAUGGUCAAAGAAGAGACGUUCAAAAUGAUCUAUUCACAGUUCUUCCCACGAGGAGCGGAUGCUUCGCAAUACGCCCACUUCGUGUUCAACACAUUCGAUCAAGACAACACAGGGGCGAUAACGUUCACCGAUUUCGUAAUUGGCCUAUCGGUGUUAUCAAGAGGAUCUCUUCAGGAAAAGCUUCGCUGGACUUUCAACUUGUACGACAUUAAUGGAGACGGGUAUAUCACCAAGGAUGAGCUGUCUCGGAUCGUGAGGGCCGUUUAUGAUCUGAUGGGCCGGGCAGUUGAGCCGCUGGUGGAGGAGCACACGACCCGUGAGCAUGUAGAACGCGUCUUCAACAGACUCGACCUCAACAAGGAUGGGGUUGUAACUAUCGACGAGUUUAUGGACUCGUGCACCAAGGAUGAGAACAUCUCCAAGUCAAUGGCAGUGCUGGACACAAUCCUGUGAUGUCGGGAAAAUGGAUGGAAUAUUGAGUUUUCGGAUUUAUUAGAUUCUCCCACCACUUCUACUACUACUACUACUUCUUCUACUACUACGACUGCUUCUGCUCCUACUCUGAACGAAGAACUCGUUAUCU